AUGUCGUCAGUUUCGUCCGCCGAGCCAAACUUCAACCCUAGCUGGUGAGUUUCAAAAUGAAAAUAAUUGAGUUACGUAAUUAUGCGAUGAGUCAUCGAAAGAAAAAAAACGGGCACAGAAAGUGCGAUCGAUUGCACUUCCAUUUUUCAUACCGAGAAAUCCGAAAAUAGCGUGUAAUUAUUUUCGCGUGCAGCUGAAAAUUUUGGAAUUAUUCCAAUAAUUUUGGUCGAAAGAACGUGUACCAACAUCGUCAAGUGAUUCCAGGAUGCGCCAUAAUGUUUCUGCCACUCGCGGCGGUCUCUCGUCUUCUGGAGGCAAUCGUCUCGGUUCUGGUGCCGGCGGCGGUGGAUCCGGCUUUGAUGAAGGUGGCGAAGUGAGUACCAAACUAUUGGGAAAUCUUCUAACAACUAUGGGAACGUGAAUACUCGACGACAUCCGAGAAAUCUCAGCGAUUUCGUCGAGAAUUCCGUUCUUUCCCCUUCCUGCACUCGUUCAUUGUCCAUUCAUUCCCAUUGCCUGGUUGGUCCCGCUUUUUCUCUAACUCUCGUUUCCAACUCAUCACCACACUUCAUUUCUCCUCCUCCCUCCAAAUCAGAAAAAAACUGGAAUUUUUUGUGACAAAAACUGAAGCUUUACCUAUUAGGAUCACUCUUCUGCUCAAGCCGCUGCUGUCGCUCAGGCCGCCACGAUCCUUUCGACGCCCAUCAUUUCGGACUAUUCGUACACGCGCGAACGUCUUCUCGAGUUGGCGCCGACUGCAUCCAAGAUGCCGGAGGCGCUGCGCGAUUCGCUGUUUUUCAACGAAAACAAUCUACCGCUCGUGUCGACCACGCCGCUCACCGAUCUUGAACAGGUAGGCUGAGUCAUUUGAUGCUAAAAAUUGUUUUUCGAGUUCUGAAAAGCAAAAAAACGUGAAGCGAAUCGCCCUCGGAGGGAGGAGGGCGCACAUAAAGUAUAUUGUCGUCUUUAAACGGAACCUCUUCUUUUUCCCCUUUUCCCCUUACCCAUUGAUAUUCUCCCCCUUCUCAGUUCUUCUCUCAUUUUUCAAUCAGUGUUGUCCAGUGCCUUUCUUUUUUUUCGCUGUGUAGUGACAAUCAGAAUUCGUAUCGGCUGGCCACUUGGGCAAACACACACACACACAGACACCCACACAAAAAGAACGAAGACAAAAAGAAGAAAAGAAGAAGAUUGAGUAGUUGGCGCUGGUUGGUAGUAGGCCCCGAGAAGGGAAAUGAAGUACAGAAAUGGACUUCGAAGAAGACGAAGCCAAUGCAUUAUUGAUCAGAGGCGGCCUGAGCCGUCCCCCUUUUCAAUGUUUCGCUUUGAACAUCUCACACCUACCUUUUAUGUCUUUCUUCCUCUAAAAUUAUAGGUUUCACUGCACUACACAGCUCUCUUAAAGAAUUGCUAGUGCCGCCGCUGAAUUCUGGGAAACAAAAUUUGUGAAAAAUUAACUUUCUUUCAGUAAUUUUUCAAAGUUUCAGCGUCUUCAACACAACGUGAACUCUUCGAAAGCGAUGUCUCUGUUGUCUCACGCGGAUCGCGCUUCUAUCGCCGCCGGAGCCGCCUACGGAAGCGGUUACGGGGGCGGUGGCAUCGCCGGAGUCGGAGCACUCCAGAACGGACAAUCGCCGACCAAUCGAUGGACUCCGAAAGCGUCGUGGAGCAGUAAGGAGCAUUUCAAACAGUUUUCCUACAAUUUCCCCUUAUUAUUUUAGGCAAAACAACUCCAGAUCGAUCGCUGGGCGGCAUGACUCCGCGUGGCGGCGGAUCGGCCGGACGUGCCGGUGCGGGGACGUUCUUCUCGGCCGGAAGGGGCGGCGGACGAAUCGGCGGCGAUAACGGGUUUGGCGGAUCGUCGGGUGGUGCACUGACGAACGACGAACCGUCUUCCGGAGUGUACACCCCCAAGUUUGGUGGCCUUCGUCGCGGAGGCGGCGCGGGAGGCGUCGGACGUGGUGGCAGCACUGCCGGCGCGUCAUUCAACACGAGAGCCGACGCAUUGUACAACCCGAACGAUCCAACUGGUAACAGUGAAAAGAAUUUCCAAAUUUUUAAUUCUCUUUUUCCAGAUCGUCCAAAGGCUGUGAACACUUCGGUGACUCGCAGUGAGAGCGACGGCGAGGAGGAGGAAGGCUGGUCGAAGGUGGGCGCCGCUCCCCGCCACAGCAGCUCCACGACGUCGACGGAACGUCCUGCGUGGGCGCGCUCCGAAUCGUGGAUCCAGCGGGCGCAGCAGCAACAACAGCAGCAGGCGGCGGCUCAACAACAGCAGCAGCCUCCGAUCAGCCACUGGAACAACCGGGAUGCGACCGGAGGCGCCGAUUCGGCCGCGUGGAGGGAUAGGAAUCAGAUGGUUGCGGCCGCGAAUGUGAAGAAGAAUUCCAUCGAGCAUCCGCCCGCUCAACAGCAGCCGCCGCAGCAACCGCCGGCGCCGACGUCUUCCGGGUCUGCAGAAAGAGAGGUGACGGACAUUCCGAUGCCCGCCUACACUCCGAACGCGACGACGUGGUCGAACAACGGGUUGGGCGGUGGAAUGGGAGUGUUCUAUCAACCGCCAGUGCAGCAACAUCAGCCAGCUCCGCAGCCACCGCCGCCAGCGCCUGCCGCGGAGGAGGUCAUCGAAUUCUACUAUCUCGAUCCGGAGGGAGUCCGUCGGGGACCGUUUGCGAAGGAGCAGAUGGUUGUGUGGUUCAAAGCGGGAUACUUUACGGAUGAAGCUCUGAAAAUCCUUAAAGGAGACAAGGGAGAGUACAAAACUAUCGGUAAACUUUUAAAAAAGUUAUAUUCAUUAUAUGGAUUUUCAGGCGAGCUCAAAAAGCUAAACGGACUGCAGACGCCGUUCGAUUAUCCGGAGGACGAAAAGAAGCAGGCGGCUCCGAUUCCGCCGAUUCCACCGGUAGCUCCAACCCCAGCACCAUCCAUGGCUCCGUUCCCGUCGGCGGUCGCGAAUCCAAUGUACCAGCAACAGCAGCCGCAGCAACAGUUCGGAUCCAUCGGAAUGUGGUCGCAGCCUCCUGACAUGUUUACAAUGAUUCAAUCGACGUUCGAGCAACAGAUGAUUGCCGAGAGACAGCGGCUGAUGGAUGAGCACAACCGACGGCUCGCGGAAGAGGCCAAGAAGAUGGCCGAAUUCCAGGAAGCCAUGUACAGACAGAUGACUAUCCAGCAGGAGAUGACCCAGCAACAGCUUCGGGAGCAGGAACUCGCUUUGCAACGACACCGCGAAGAGCUGGAGAGACGAGAUGCGGAGCUGAAGCAGGAGGCGCUGGCUAGACAGCAGAAGAUGGAGUCGGAAGCGAGAGAACUCGAGGAGAGGAAGGCGGCCAUCGAAGCCGAGGAACGUCGGAAGCACCAGGCGGAAGAGAUGAUGAAGCUGAAAGAAGAGGAGGCCAAAAGGCUGACGCAGGAGAAUACCGAACGGACGAGACGAGCCGAGGAAGCGGCCGAGCGGGAGAGAAAGCGAUUGGAAGUGGAAUCUCGCCAGGCGGAGGAGGUUAUCAGACAGAAGCUCCGCACGGAACGCGAGAAUCGGGAGAGAGAAGAUGCCCGCAGACAGAUGGAAGAGCGCGAGAAACUGGCCAAGGAGGCGGCUGCGAAGUUACAGGCCGCCAAACAGCAGGCCGAACUAGAAGCAACCUGGGCUGCGAAAAGGACAACGACUGUGAGCACGGCUUCAGCUGCGACUGCUGUUGCCCCAGCGACUGGAGGUCCGAAACAGAUUUCGCCGAGUGGAAGCAAUGACUCCUCCGAGGGAUGGACUGCCAUCUCGAAGGAGUCGAAGCACACGAAGGCAGCUCCGUGGGCGGCGAAAGUUGAGGUUGUUGCGAAGUCCGAUAAGACGCUUCUCGAGAUUCAGCGAGAGGAGGAGCGGCAGAUGAAGGCCGAACGGGAGCUGCUGGCGAAGCAAAAGGCAAAGGAACAGGUCUCAAAUCUGGGAUCGGCUGUGGUCGAGAAGGAGAAGAGCAGCGCUUCGUGGGGAACCAAGACUUGGGCGGCUCCGGAGCAAAACACCUCUUCGAAAAACUUCGUGUCGCCGUUCUUUGACGGACCGUCUUUGGAGGCUGCCAACAAGGUAACCAUAUUACUGUUGCAUAAAUAUACCAAUUUUUGCAGAUGGCUCUUCAGAAGAAGAACUCGCAAUCAAAGGUCGUAACUCCCGCUAAGCCUGCUCCGGCUGUUUCGGCUGCCAAGAGCAAGCAGGCCACGACUUCAUCUGCGAAGGCUGCGCCUCCAAGUGCGAGCCAGAAGAAGACGAAGCAGGAGAUUGCUUCGGAAGAGCUCGAGAACUGGUUCAUCAAGCGAUUCCAUCAGUUCAACGCUGAAAUCGACGCGCAAACUCUGCUCGCAGCCAUCAUUCACACCGAGAACCCCAAUGAGGUUGGUUUCACUUUCGAAGUUAUAUUAUUAACUUAAUAAUGACGCGCGUUUUGCAUUCCAUAUCGACCGUUUAACUUCUAGUUCUCAUUUUGAAUUUCCUGCUCUAAUUUGCGCACUCUUAUUAUCCCAUUCACAAUAUUAAUUCCGUCGAAUGCUCAUAAACUGCGCAAUUUCAUUACAUCUUUGUGCAAUAUAUAAUUUUUGUUCCCCGUCCACACAUCUUCUGCUCAUUCGUCACCCUUUCCGUUGUUUUUUUCGUCUAGACGGACGUUCGAUUCUCAGUAGAAGGAUUAGAGAGCCGAUCUUUGAAAAAUCUCGUGUCUGUGUCCUUCUAAAAUUGGAUUCUUCCCGGAGUCUGUCUAUUGUUCUCUGAAAAAAGAGAGUAAUUUCUGUGGAAACACGGAAAACUCCUGAAAAUGCGUAUUCAAAGAGCACUUUUCCACUUGGAUCCCUCCCGAUGUUUUAGUACAUGAAAGGGCAGGGAAAGAGGGAGACCACCGAAAAGUGCAUGUUAUUGAGGACUUUGUGGUGGUCGUCUCUUCUUCGUUUUCCCCUUUUCAGUCCGUCUCUUCUCCCUUUUCACCUUUCUGACCAACUAUACUUUUCGCUAUUUUUAGCGAUUCGUCUCGCGCGAAAAAAAAUUGAGCCUCAAUUUGGGCGCCGAUUGAAAAGAGGAAAAAGAAGUUAUAUAGCUUGUAACAAUAAUCACAUGGCACAUAAACACGCUCUCCUCCUUCUCCUCGUCUCUUAUGCACAUGUGGAUGACUAAGCGGAGAGCGAGACGGACGGGAUCACGAGAUGAAGCUGAAAUUGAAAAUAGAGUUCUCGCCCCGUCUCUCACGCUACUAUACGAAUGGAGGAAAUGUGUCAUUGUUGUUAUUACUAUGGAUAGACGGGAAGAUGGCAAAAAUAGAACGGAAAAGUCAGAUGACUGGAUGAUUUUGGACGCCGAUUUUUUUGCUUUGUCUUGUGCUCUUUUCUCAGGCCCAAUUUGUUUUUAUGUCUAGACAUUCGGCUGAGAAGAGAGAAGUUUGACUAAUGGAAGGGUCUGUGGCCUUUUGCGUAGACUUUAGAAAAGAGCAAAUCCUUCCAAGAAAACGGCUAACCUUUCUGGUGAAAUGCUCGAUGAUCUGUGAGAGUUCCGUAUAUUCCUAUCGAAUUCCAUAACGUUUUUCUGAUUCUUCCAAGUCCUUAAAGUUUCAGAGAACUUCAAAGCGUCAAUACGAUGUAUGUAAUAGUAGACUUCAGGUUUUUGUCUGAAAGAACUCCUUCAGUAGUUUUUGUGCCUUUCUGAUCCUAGGAAUGUCCGAAUGGCUUCUGUCUCUCCAGGAUUUCCAAAUUUAGACGCUCUUUGGUUUGCUUAUUUUCAAUGUCUGCUGUUCUUGUCCUAAAUGCGCACCAGCUCUGCCUGAAAGCCGCAUUCCCCCAAUUUUCAUCUCAUUUCUUCCGCGGAGACCGAGCGGAUUUGGCCAACCAGGUUAAAAGUGGAGCUAUACGAAAAAGCGAAAAGAAAAAAGCUCUCGAGAUUUUCAAGCCGAUUAUCGUAGACGCUUAGUCAUCAGAAGCGCGUGUUUUCUCAUUUUCAGUUCAGUUCUUAGCUGCUAUCCGCUUCCGCGAUACAUUUUUAGGCUUAAUUUCGCUAUUCGGUUUGAGCGAAUAAUAUAAAAAUGGGCGGAACUGAAUUUGAAAAUGAGGAAGAGGGUGGUCUAAAAAUAGGGUUCGUCAGUCGCUUUUUCCGCGGCGCCCUCCGCUUGUUUUCGAUGCCAACAGCCCCACAAGGAGACACUCUCCAACCACUCGGCGCCGUCCAGUAACACUCAGAGUACUAGUAGUGGUCGGCGUCGGAGAGCCGGCCAAUUCGUACAAAUGUUGUGUGUUUCUGCUCACUCCUCGCCUCCCAUUCCGUCGUUUUUUUGCUGCUGCUGGAGCCAACGAGGGUGCCUUUUCAUUUAUUGGUUCUCCCUCUCGCCGUCCUUUCUCUCGUCCUCCCGCUGCCGCCGCUCGUUUUGUCUAUUUUUGGACUCCCCUUUUGCAAACAAGAGUCUUCCGCAAUGCAACGGGAAUAGAAUGCCAUUCCCCCCUUCGAUUCGCCCCUAUUUCAUCCUCUUCGAUGAUACCAUUCAUCCACAAUGGUACUUGUUGUUUGUCGGUCGUCUCUAGUUUUCAUUUUAUUUUAUUAGAAGUGCGUUCACGACAAAGUUGUGCUUGCCAUUCUUAAAUUGUCUAGUCGUGUUUUCCUCAAGUGCCCCACACGUUCUGAGAACAUUUGUACGAAAGCGCACUGUUAUUUAGAUGAACAGACGUCUUCCGAGAAUCUCUCUUGUAUAUCUACAGUAAUGCGCCGAAUAACAGGAAUGUAGGCACUUUUCAUAGUUUAUGUGCCUUUCUGAUCCUCUGAAUGUCCGAAUGGCUUCGUUCUCGCUGUCGGAUUUCCGAAUUUAGACGCUCUUUGGUUUGCUCUUUCUCAAUGUUCGAAGUUCUCUUCGAUGUGUCCACCCACCGACUAAUUUUAUCAGUAUCAGUAAACAAUUCUGUCGGUUUCAUUUGCUCACAAAUCCCCGCCGCUUCCUCUUUCAUAGUAUUGCCUACGUGUAGAACUUCGCCGUUCUUGUUUGCAAAUCAGCGCGCUAGAUUAUUGGAAAGUGAGCUCUGGUGCCGGCCGUGUUCAGUUGUUAACACUAAUCGCCGAAUUAGAAUCCUAAUUGAAUGGCUAGACUGAAAACACAAGAUUAUAAAGUCGAUUCGCGGAAAAACGGAGAAAGAAGUGGCUGAUAUUUGAUUUAUAUUUACUCAAUUCGGUUCUUGGUAUGCGCAAAAGUGCGAACUAAGAGAGAAUGUGUCCGAUUUCUAAUGUACAGUAGUCUCUAGUCACCACGAGUUGCACUGAGGCCUAUAAACUACAGAAAAUCAAGAGAACGGGCCCACGCGUCUCGUGCUGCUCAGAGCCUAUCACGUGUAAUUACUCUUCUCAAUCUCAUGUUCUCACUCGGCAUUUUCUCGAUCAGCGAGUCCAAAACAGCCUAUAAUUUUCGCCUCACUCGCCUCUAUUUCUGGUCAAUUCUGGCUCAGCGUCACUUUCAACUUUGAUUUCCUGUUGAAUAUAUUUCGAAAUUGGAGCGGUGCCUAUUUUUAGCGCGUUUCAUGACCUCUUCCGUGGUGAUAGUCAUCGCUAGAAAGGUAGUCGGACGGGUAAAAAUAGACGCGGUUCUAUUGACUGACCGUUUCCUUUUUCCCUAUCCAGAGACGAGUAAUUCAUGAUGAUAGACGUUCUAUUUCGGGAUUUCUCGCACGGAUUCGUUUCAGCUUAUCACUGAAAACGAAGCGAGUGGGAGAGAAUUAUCAGUGGAAUAUUUUGAGGAAUAUUUUUAGAAUGGACGUGAAGACGGAAAAAAAAAUGAUAAAGUGACCUAUUUUGGGAUAAAAAGACGGUCGUUUCUUGUUCUUUGUCAUUCGCUAAUCAAUUCUUUCCUAUCACUCUGUCCUCAGAAUAUAAAAAUACAAUAAUUUCAGGUCGAAGACAUCGUCAUGUCGUACUUGGAGGAAUCGAAGACUGUUAAGGAGUUCGUCCGCGAAUUCAUCAAGAGACGCAUCGCCAUGCGCGCUGCCGGAGGUCGUCCGGAUGUGGAUGUAAGCAGUCGAGUUCAGCUCUCUCGAGCACACGUUACUUUUUUUGCAGGAUCUGACUUCGGCCCGCACCGCUUCGGCUGCUCCGUCCGACUCCAACUCGGGCUCCAACUCCAACUCUGGCAACGGACAAGGAAAGAAGAAGAAGAAGGUACUGUAACCCACGAAGCUCAUUUCCAACUCGAACUUUACCUUUUUCAGAACCAGAAGCAAGUGCUCGACGGCAACAUUCUGGGAUUCCGUGGCGCCGCCGCUUCGGAUCGUCUCAACAAGGGCGAGAUCGACGCGGUGCCGACGACUCCGGUCAACCCGUCGCGCCGUUAA